UGGAUAUUUGCAUUACUCGAAUUUGCAUAAAUAUAUUUAUGUAGUGAAGUAAAGCGUCUGUAAAUCUCUUCACUUAUUUGUAUCCACACAGACGAUUAAGUUAUAGCACAUAUCAUUCAAGGAGAAAAAAAUGUCACCCAGAAAUUUUGGUUUUAUUAAGAUUUCCAUAAUCUUAACGAUUUUCGUAACUUUACAAUUUCGGGGAACUUGUGGCCUCGUCACGUUUGAGCAGGAUGUGUCCCUCACAGAGUUGCAAGUCAAGGCGUUGGCAGAGUUCAAGGAGAGAAUGCUCCCUAAAAUAAAGCAAGAUUACAUGAAAGAAGACAUUUACCUGGUGAAAUUCUUGCGAUCAAAGAAAUUCGAUGUUGAGAAAGCCGUCACAAUGUUAAACACGUUUCUUGCUUGGAGAGAGUCCACCAAUUUCGACAAGUUGACCAAUGAAGACUUUACAGAUUUAGCGACCGAGUACCCCUACGAAGUUUUGGGCGUGGAUAACGAGGGCAAACCAUUGCUACAAUGGUACUACAGUGACUGGGACGUGCGGAAAGCUGCCGUAGGAGGAAACAUGGAACGACUCAAUGUCUACAUUGCAAAAAUGUUUGAUAACGCAUGGCUCAAAGUGAGAGAUCUGCAAAAAGAGGGGAAAAAUGUGACCAGAUUCGUCAUUGUCCUGGACAUGGAGAAAAUCAAUUUGCUCCAACAUUUGACCCCAUCGUGCAUGCCAAUCUACAUCAACACUGUUUUAGCAUACGAUCGCUACUUUCCCAAACAGGGCGACGAUGUUUAUCUGAUUAACACCCCCGGACUUUUCGAGGUUGGUCUCAACCUCGCAAAAUCCGUGAUGGACCAAGACACAAAAAACUCGCUGCAAGUUUUCGGUCAAAAUAAGCAACAGUGGAUGACCGCCCUGUACAAAAAUGUGGACCCGACCCAACUCACGCAUCAUUACGGGGGAACUAUGCCAUCAAAAUUUGACUCAUGAGAUCAUAAAUAUUUCAGAUUUUUUAAUCCAGGUGACACUAUUUGCAAAACAGUUUUCUCAACUGAUCAUAUGUAAUUGACAUCUAUGUAACUAAAUAAAGACAAAUAUUUACAAGUAU